AAAGUUCAAAUUAGCGCAACACUUAUACAUAUGUAUAAUAUAUUCCAGCUUUUUUUUUAACUAUUAAAUGUUAAUAGUGUUGUUAUGUAAUUUUCUAGAAAUGCUACACAUAUUUACCACCUUAUAUCCUGAUUUUAAUUUUACUGUCAUAUCCUGCCCAUUUAUUUCAACUUCACCCAAAACAAAAGCAUAUUCAUCAUUGAAUUCUAAAAGAAUAACGGCUAUCCCUCGUAUCAAAUGUUUUUCGUUUUCAACUGUUUAUUUGCCUUGUUGCUUCUCUUUUUUUUUUUCUAAUUCAGUUUAUGGCCAAAACUUAUUUAUACGUAAAGUCCAUCAAAAACGAAACAAAACUAAAUAAUCCCUGUUGGCCUUCUAGCGUGCCGCACCUCAAAAAAUCGGCUACUGUAUAGGUAUAUCAUGCAGUUAAAUUAAUAUUGUAUAAAUCUUUCUUGAUUGAUUCAUUAAUUCAACGGGUCCAAUUAGUGAAAAAUUCCGUCGACUUCCGUCAUUGCCAACAAAUUUCCACCCAACUCACUCACUUUUGCACGUAUGUAAAAAAAAGGUGCUGGGGAGCCACCAAAAAACCGAAACUCGACCAUAGAGGGGAUCCACAUGAAAAACCUCAUGUAACCCACUCAAACCAACCAAACACCUUUCAAUCCUUCGUCAUCAUUGUUGCCGGCUCUCCAAGAUGACAUUAACGAAACUGCUCCUAGCCGUUAUUUUCGUUGUUUUGUCGUCAUGCCUUGCCUCCUCAUCAGAGAGCGGUCCUAGAGAGAAAAGGUUCUCUAUUACGGUGGCCGACACAAAUCCGGAAAAAGCCCGGGAAAUUGAGGAACAGUCGGGAACAUCGCGAAGGCGAAAAGUCCGUCAGUUCGCAGGUCGUUUCAAUACCCCUCCCCUCCUCACCAAAUCACCUCAUCUACCGUCAAUCCCGGGUUUCCAGAACAUUGGAUUCCCCAAAAUCGACGUAAACGCUGUUCCUGGGGGCCACUUGUCCGAAGCGCAGGCUGAAAUAGCCAAUGUGGCUUCAUCCGCUGUUUCUUCUGCUCAGGCCUCGGCCUCUUCUUCGGCUUCGUCAGUAUCUCAAUCUUCAGCUUCGACUGUUGGUGGUGAAAACUUCGUCGAACGAUUGACGAAACCCAUUGGGGAACUAGAGCAGUUUUUAGCGCAAGAAUUUGACUCUUUCAGGACGCAAUUUAACAAAGUUUAUGCGACCGCCGAAGAAGCCUUGUUCAGGAAAGAGAUCUUCAUCGAAAACAAGAAGAAAAUUAUGAAAUUCAACGACGAGUACGGGGUGGGACGAUCGCCGUUUGUUUUGAAAGUCAACGAGUACGCGGACCUUCUGACGCACGAGUUCAAUCAGUUGUUGAACGGUUUCAAUCGCGAAAAUCGAAAUAAAACAAAAGAAGUCAAUCACGGAUCGUCCUUCAUUCCCAGUGCAAAUGUUGCCCUGCCGAUAUCCGUCGAUUGGAGGGAAGCCGGAGCCGUGACUUCCGUGAAAAGUCAAGAAAAGUGUGGCGCAUGCUACGCAUUUAGUGCCACGGGGGCACUGGAGGGUCAAAUAUUUCGAAAAACUGGUCAACUCCGGGAACUCAGCAUCCAAAAUUUGAUAGACUGUACCAGAACGUAUGGAAACAGCGGGUGCAUUGGCGGUCUCAUGGACCCGGCUUUCGAGUACGUAAGGGACAAUCUGGGAAUAGAGGGUGAGAACACGUACCCCUUCGAGGCCACCGACACCCAACCGUGCCGAUACAAAAGAGAGGGAUACGCGGCUCAUGAUACAGGUACACCCAAAAACGAAACCGUCGCGAAAGACCUGAAUGUUGUUGCAAUGUCGAAUUACACUUUAUUUAAAAAUUGUUCGUCAGGGUACGUGGACCUGGACGAAGGGGACGAACGGGGAUUAGAAUCGGCGGUGGCCACAAUCGGGCCCGUUUCAGCGGCCAUCGAUGCCAGCCAAGAGUCUUUCCAGUUUUAUUCCGAUGGGGUGUAUUACGACCCGAAAUGUGAGAGUGCAGCCGAUAAAAUGAACCACGCCGUUUUGGUGGUCGGUUACGGGACAGAACCCGAUGGUAAACAGUACUGGUUAAUCAAAAAUUCGUACGGAACUGGAUGGGGCAUCGGCGGAUACAUGAAGAUCGCCAAGUAUGCCAACAACCACUGUGGUAUUGCCACUUACGCAAGCUACCCCUUAGUUUGAAUACGCAACUAUAAAGAACUGAACGAAAACAUUUCAAGAAAACCAAUUAACAGGACAUAAUGAGAAAUUAAGAACAGAACUGAUGUACAAUUUUUAAUAAAACUACUCCUGUACAACAUGAAA